ACGAAGCACCAUCAUCAUCCUCGCGCACCAGUAGCAAAACCGAAAUAGACCCCCCCCCCCGACCAAAAAAAAAACGAUGACGUUCUCAACGGUUCUUCAAAAACAAACCAUUAUUUAACACCCCUAAAAAAAACUUCUGACAACCGAUUACAGUCCGUUAGACGCUCCUGGCUGUAACACGCCCAUCGACUGUCCUCCUGCUCAGUAGCCAUGAUGCUUAGCAGCUCUGUUGAGGUGCCCAGUCCCAUCCACGGUGGCAUGUCCGGUCUCUCCGGGAUGAGGGUGGCAGUGGUGGGGAACGUCGUCCGUUCCUCCAGUAUCUCGGGAGCCAUGUACAGCCUGGAGAAGAGUCCCGGGAGUGGCGGUCGGCCGGGAGAGGUGGGGACGCUGGCCGGAAACAAGAAGAGACGCUCAAGCCUUGGAGCCAAGAUGGUGGCCAUCGUGGGGCUGUCGCAGUGGAGCAAGAGCACUCUGCAGCUCAACCAGCAAGAAGAACGAGCGAAGAAGUUACGCAGUACAAUCAGACGGAGCACGGAGACGGGCAUCGCUGUGGAGAUGAGAAACCGAGUCACGCGACAGGGUAGCAAGGAUUCCACCGACGGGAGCACCAACUCCAACAGCUCAGACGGAACGUUUAUCUUCCCCCCUACUCGUAUGGGUCCAGAGAGCCAGUUUAGUGACUUCCUGGAUGGACUAGGCCCCGCCCAGAUCGUAGGCCGACAGACACUAGCCACUCCCUCCAUGGGUGACGUCCAUGUGGCUAUGGUGGACAGAGGAGGCCAGCUCGAGGUCGAGAUCAACCAGGCCAGAGGACUGACCCCUAAACCAGGGUCAAAGAACAUCCCAGCAACCUAUGUGAAGGUGUAUGUGUUGGAGAAUGGGGCAUGUCUGGCUAAGAAGAAGACCAGAGUGGUGAAGAAGACUCUAGACCCCUCCUACCAACAGGCCCUGCUGUUUGAAGAGAGUCCUCAGGCCAAAGUCCUACAGGUGAUUGUGUGGGGUGACUAUGGGAGGAUGGACCACAAGUGUUUCAUGGGCAUGGCUCAGAUCAUGCUGGAUGAGUUGGACCUUGGUGCCACAGUGAGCGGAUGGUACAAGCUGUUCCCCACCUCGUCUCUGGCUGACCCCAGCAUCGGACCCCUCACACGGCAACUGUCCCAGUCCUCACUGGAGAGCUGUGCCACCAGCCCCUCCUGUACCUAGACAGAGAGAACUACACACACACACACACACACACACACACACACACUCCAACACGCUGAUCCUCAGAUCCAUCCCCAUAACUACGUCAGAUAACAUGAUUUACCAGAACAUAGCAUUAUAGUAGCGUUACUUACUGCCCAAUAUCCCUGUCCCCUGUCCCCUGCCCCCAUCUCAGAAUCCCUGUCCAUCUCAGAAUCCCAGGGUGGUUGAGUGAUUACCCCGUUCCACAUUCCCUGAUCCCAGAAUUCCAACCCCUGCAUCCCAAAUGGAACCCUAUUCCCUAUAUAGUACACUAUUUUAGACCAGAGCCCUAUUCCCUGUAUAGUGCACUACUAUAGACCAGAGCCCUAUUCCCUGUAUAGUGCACUACUUUAGACCAGAGCCCUAUUCCCUGUAUAGUGCACUACUUUAGACCAGAGCCCUAUGGAACCCUAUUCCCUACAUAGUGCACUACUUUAGACCAGAGCCCUAUUCCCUGUAUAGUGCACUACUUUAGACCAGAGCCCUAUGGAACCCUAUUCCCUACAUAGUGCACUACUUUAGACCAGAGGCCUAUUCCCUGUAUAGUGCACUACUUUAGACCAGAGCCCUAUGAAACCCUAUUCCCUAUAUAGUGCACUACCAGAUCCUGGCAAAAGUGGUUCACUAUUAAGGCAAUAGGGAGACAUUGGGGACCAGGUCAAGGCACUACUUCUCAUCCCAGAGUCAGGUCAUUCCUGAAAACAGUUUUUAAACUCUAUGCCAAACUAAGAAGAAAAACAACUUUAUUUUUCAAAACCAAAGCAAUUUUUAUUGUUACUAUCAGUCGUGCUAGUUAUACAGUAUAUACGUCUGGAUAUGUAGCAGAGUCUAUGACUUAGAUAUAAUGCAAAAAAUAUUCAAUAUUUUAAACACACACACACACACACACACACACACACACACACACACAAGCUGGGGAGGAGAGAGACGGGUCACAGUAUGAAGAAAAAUCAACAGGCUUUUUGGAUGUUUACAUAAUCACUAUUAUGUGAGGUAGCAGCGCAAAUCUUCUCAUUUCCACAAGCCAGAGUUAAUAAGUAUAUAGAUAUUAGAUAGCUAAUAUAGAUAUGUGUGUUCGCGCGUGUAUCGGUUGCAUCCUACACGUUUGCUUGCAACUCUUAUUGAGACAUUUUAAAGUGCUAUUUUUAGCUUGCCCUUUAAGAUUCUAAUCAGAUAUAUAGAUGGUAAUUUAUUUAUUUAGCUAAUCAGACACUGUCUAAAGAACAUGAAGAACGUAACACUCUACACUGAGUUUAGGGAGAUGGAGGGGCAUCGUUUCCACAGAGAACAAAGUCCCAACCUACCAGCAUCCCUCGUCAACAAGCUGCAUUGUGGGACACAAGAGGACCAACUGACAAACUGAACCCUCACAGGAAUGGACCUCAAACUUUCCUCAACACAAAGGCUUCUGGGUAGCCUGGGCUGUAGUCGUCGUUCAUUGUAGACCCUGUUAGUGCGAUCCCACAAAGGACUUUAUAUCCCAGAGGUGAUGCUGUAUGCUUCUGCUCCACUGUACAGACUAGAACCUUUUGGAUCAACUUCCACUUGAUUUCCUGUCUGAAGUUUUUGUCUACACUUCCAGAUUUUGACCGAAAGUAGGAGGUGGGAAACAUUGGUGAGAAAGAUGUCUGUGAUGGGAUCUCCCAGCCUAGACAGACACACACACACACACACACACACACACGGAUGCCCCCCAGACACAUAGGACUAAGUCUUAUGAUUGGGUACUGAUGGCCACCUGUGUGAACUUUACCCUUUAACUCCUGAGGUUGUGUGGUGAGGUCACUGCUCUCUCUCAGCAAUGUAAACUCCAGCAGCACAGAUAUAUUGUAUCCUCAAUUACCUUCAAUAACCAGUAGGUGGCAUCUGAUUCGUUCCUGUACAACCAGUAGGUGGCAUCUGAUUCGUUCCUGUACAACCAGUAGGUGGCAUCUGAUUCGUUCCUGUACAACCAGUAGGUGGCAUCUGAUUCGUUCCUGUACAACCAGUAGGUGGCAUCUGAUUCGUUCCUGUACAACCAGUAGGUGGCGUCUGAUUAGUUCCUGUACAACCAGUAGAUGGCGUCUGAUUAGUUCCUGUACAACCAGUAGGUGGCGUCUGAUUAGUUCCUGUACACCAGUAGAUGGCGUCUGAUUAGUUCCUGUACAACCAGUAGGUGGCGUCUGAUUAGUUCCUGUACAACCAGUAGAUGGCGUCUGAUUAGUUCCUGUACAACCAGUAGGUGACGUCUGAUUAGUUCCUGUACAACCAGUAGGUGGCGUCUGAUUAGUUCCUGUACAACCAGUAGGUGGCGUCUGAUUAGUUCCUGUACAACCAGUAGAUGGCGUCUGAUUAGUUCCUGUACAACCAGUAGAUGGCGUCUGAUUAGUUCCUGUACAACCAGUAGGUGACGUCUGAUUAGUUCCUGUACAACCAGUAGAUGGCGUCUGAUUAGUUCCUGUACAACCAGUAGAUGGCGUCUGAUUAGUUCCUGUACAACCAGUAGGUGACGUCUGAUUAGUUCCUUUACAACCAGUAGAUGGCGGCUGAUUAGUUCCUGUACAACCAGUAGAUGGCGUCUGAUUAGUUCCUGUACAAUCAGUAGAUGGCGUCUGAUUAGUUCCUGUACAACCAGUAGAUGGCGUCUGAUUAGUUCCUGUACAACCAGUAGAUGGCGUCUGAUUAGUUCCUGUUCAACCAGUAGAUGGCGUCUGAUUAGUUCCUGUACAACCAGUAGGUGGCAUCUGAUUAGUUCCUGUACAACCAGUAGGUGACGUCUGAUUAGUUCCUGUACAACCAGUAGGUGGCAUCUGAUUAGUUCCUGUACGUGCUCAAACUCAAAAACAUAUUGUCAUCUUGUUUACUGAUAUUGUAUCUUGGACAUUUCUCCUGAUCACCAGUUUUGCAUAUCAUCGUGGAUCUAAUCUGGACACAUUGGUCAGGUCUCUUAGAUGACUUCUUAAAUCUCUCUAAUCUGUUAGGGACUGAUUCCGAUUAAUGAAUUUAUAUUUUUCCUACGCAUGCACUUCUUAGUAUUUGGUAUUUAUACUUACCUUAUUUAGUCACGAACCUUAUUUAGUCACGUAACUUGUACUGCAGGUGUGGCUACCUUGUGCGGCCCUGAAUACAUUUCAUUAAACCGCUGAAAACUCUCCAGCUUGCUGGCCAACAGAUUUUCUCGCGGAGUUUUCGUUCAACAGGGUUUUCAGUACAUUUAUUUUAAAGCCCUUUAAAAUACUCUGCACCUUUCAGUUGAAAUGUUUGUCGAUAGACUCAUUAGGAUAUAUUGAGAGAUCGGGUAUCUGGAUAUUAGGGAUCAAUGACAGAAAGUAAUCUAAAUAUAUGCAUAAAUAAAUAUAAUAUAAAUAAAUAUAUGCAUAUUCUUCUCCGUUACAGCACCAAUUGGUAGAUUUAAAAAUCCUCUGAUCUUGUAGAUCAGUCUAUUUAUUUAAGUAGUUCUGAAUCAUAAAGAGCUAUUUUGGAGAGACUUUAAGCACCAAAUAAAGAAUCAAACGGUGGUUUGAUUCAUUCUGAAAAAUGUCACAUUCAGUUCUUUAACCCGUGGUAAUGUUGACAGAUUAGUGUACACAACAUUAUAAUAGGGAUAAUGUUUUACAAUAGUAGGCUAUACCCUCGUAUAUUGCCUGCACUGACCAUGGGGCCGUGUGAUGACAAGUAUUGCGCCAUGCGUCAUGUUCAAACUGUUACGGCUCGGUCUGCACCCCGCUCCAUAAUUAAUUAUCCUACAUGUCUAUUUUGUAUUAUCAACUGUUACUAAUGAUCCUCAGCAACAACCACACGACCGUGGCGGCGUUUACAGAGGAAGCAAAUUAAGGUAAACUAAACAAUGUAAUUAAAUGGAAUGAUAAUGUAGGCUAUACCAACUGAAGGGAACUAACAGUACAUUGGCAGUUGAAUAAGUGUGGUUAUUAGGCUCACUGACAGUCCAUACUGACGACUAAUGUUUAACAUGAUAGAAAUAGGAAACAGGGAAAGUCGGGGUAGCCUAUAAUUAAGACAGGGUGCCCAUCGCUGCAAGUUAAAAGGCCGUACAAUUUUAACUCUGCAUGACGGCACAGCAUUUCAUCAACGUUACCGUGGGAACGUUGAUAUGUUUUGUUGGUAUAUUUCAGUUUGCUGCCAAAUAACACGUCUUCAUAUUUGUUUCUAGCAAUUAUAUGGUAAACUAGAUCUAAAACAAGUGUCAUUUAUAUUUACAAUCCCCUUAUCCAUUUACCCAGCUCUUAUCAAAAACUCUUAUCAAAUGUUAAAUGAUAGUGCAUGUCCAUUCAUGGAGAAUUAUUAUUCGUGGUUUCCUCGUGUAUAAAGGUGGUGGAAUUAUGAGGGGAAUGUAAGUAUCGGUAGCUUCAUUUAUUCCAUCUCAACCCCAAAACGAAUAUUAGGUGAAUUGACAUGCGAUUCACAUGCGAUUAACAUGAGACUCACAUACAUUCAAUUUUUUUUAAAGUUCAAGAUCAGAAUGUGCAUCGAGAGAAAAGUUAAUAAAAAGGGAAUUACAUUCCAUUCUAUUUACGUUAAACUCGGGUUGGAAUCGGGCAACCUUGUUGAGUAUGGUUUACAUGCACACAAUUAUUGUGAAAAACUCAGAUUUAAUAUAAUAGUUUGAUUUUAAAUGUUUACAUGAUUUGCAAGAAAAAUGUUUGCCCUAAUCAUGUUUACAUGGACUCAAAUGAAAUCAACUUUUGAUAAAUGCAAACAACAACAAACAAAAAAAAUAACAUUAAUAGUCAUUCGUUAUAAACAUCUGACCACAGAUACCUUGUUAUUUUAGCAUAUUUGAUUCUGAGUUUGGAAAUAUAAAGUCUGAAUGUGAAAACCAUUUCUAAAAUUAAUACUUUUUUCGGUGAGUUUUUCCAAACUCCCUUCACUUUUAUUUAACGAGGCAAGUCAGUUAAGAACAAAUUCUUAUUUUCAUUGACGGCCUACCGAAGGAACAGUGGGUUAACUGUCUUUGUUCAGGGCCCGGGGAACAGUGGGUUAACUGUCUUUGUUCAGGGCCUGGGGAACAGUAGGUUAACUGUCAUUGUUCAGGGGCAGAAUGACAGAUUUUUUUCCUUGUCAGCUGGAUCUUGCAACCUUAUCAGUCCAACUCUCUGACCUCUAGGCUACCUGCCAAACCCACUUGCGCAUUAAGAGGGUGGCUUGCGCUGAUACAUGUGCAGAUAAAAUACAAUUAAGAAAUGUAAAUGUCCCAAAAAUUUCAAAGAUUGGCCGGAAAACCAGGUGUUUCAAUCGCCGUAUUCUUACCUCGAUUUUGAUCUUACACCCGAUUUAAGGUGUUUACAAAGACAGCCAUAAUCAGUUUAACUGCUAGUGUGCAUGUAAACACGUACUCAGUGUUUCUAAUGUGUUACUGUUAGUUAGUUGCACUGACCAAACUUUCCUUACAACAAAUAUUUCUACAAAAAUGUUGUUAAAAUAAUCUUUGCAUUGAAUGAUACGUGUGUUUCUGUAGAUACUGACUCAUUAGAACCUGCUGUGGAGAGACACAGACAUAAAGGACAUUCCGGAAUACUCUACACUCUGUUCUAGAAUAGAAUUUGACAUUUUUAGCCAAUUUCUUAUCCCACAGUUUUGUCAAUACUUUACUGUAAAAAAUAACAAUUUGACUUUUUUUUUGCGUGUUCGUUGGUAUAUUUAGUCAGGGAUAUGAUAUAUUUUCCUUUAAUGUUUGCCGCAUAGAGAGAACUGCUAUAUGCUCAUGUUUAUGAAGUAGUUUUAAAUGUACUUUUUUUUUUAAUCUAUUUUUGUGGGCAGUUGGCAUGAAGUAUAUAAAAAAAACUGCUUUUG